CUUGAUAAGGAUCAUGGCAGCAGCAGUAAAAUGGGUGAUAUCAAACAGAACUCUCUGGAAGCAUCUAUUUCCAAUUCAAAAUGGAGCUUUGUCAAGUGCUUGCUGUAAGUCUACAUAUUCUUCUCUUCCAGAUGACUACAAUUGCAAAGUAGAGCUUGCUUUGACAGCCGACGGCAAGACAGUCGUGUGCCACCACCCUUCUGUGGACACCCCCUACGAACACACCAAACCUAUCCCUCAACCAGAUCUUUUGCAUAAUCAUGAAGAAACACACGAGCAAGUGCUGAAAACCAAAUUAGAAGAAAAAAGCGACCACCUUGAGCAGGGACCCAUGAUAGAACAGCUCAGCAAAGUGUUCUUCACGACGAAGCAUCACUGGUACCCACACGGGCUGUAUCACAGACGUCGUAAGAAACUGAAUCCUCCCAGAGACAGGUGACUGCUCUUAAUUCUAUAAGCACCAAGGACAUUUUGCUUUGUAUCUUAUUUGCUAGUUGAGAAAUUGUACCUGGUGUGUUCAUUAAGAUGUUAUGUAGAAAAAUAAUAAAAUUUCAUAUAUUCAA